UCGAGUGCGAGUCGGAUCGGGAGAUACUUUCCCCCAAACAGUUCGCGCACAGCCGGGCUCGUCGCCGCGUCCGCGUGGCCGGCCUUCGAUUCGUGGCGGACCCAGGCAGCAGACAGGAUCUCGGGGGCUAGCGCCGGCGCUCGGCUGCCGUCCGCCGGAGAUGGGGAAGCGGGACUUUGAGCGCCUGCGCCACGUGGCGUUCUUCGACGCCAUGGCCACGGAGCUCCCCGACGAAUACGCGUCGCAGGAGGUCAACCACCUCACCCUCGCCUACUUCGCCGUCGGCGGCCUCUCCCUUCUCCGGGAGCUCGACCGGAUUAACAAGGAUGAAAUAGCCAAAUGGAUUUUGUCUUUUCAAGUUCAUCCUGAAGCAAAUGAUGAUAUAGGUGUCGGUUUGUUCUAUGGAUUCUGUGGUUCUAGAUCGACUCAAUUUCCCUUGCCUAAUACGAAGGAUCCUUGCUGCGAUGUUAGUCAUCUUGCAAGCACUUAUUCUGCCCUUGCUAUCCUCAAGAUAAUUGGCUACGAUCUAGCAAAUAUUGACUGCAAGGCACUUCUAUUAUCUUUGAAAAAACUCCAACAACCAGAUGGAAGCUUCAUGCCUACUCAUAUUGGUGCUGAAACAGACCUUCGCUUUGUAUACUGUGCAGCUGCAAUCUGCUCAAUGCUAGAUGACUGGACAGGAAUGGACAAGUUAAAGGCAGAGGAAUACAUUCUUAACUGCCAGUCAUAUGAUGGAGGCUUUGGUAUGGUUCCUGGUUCUGAAUCUCAUGGUGGAGGAACUUUUUGUGCUGUUGCGGCUCUCCAUCUAAUGGGCUUCAUUCAAGUUGAUUUGGCAUCUAACUUAAGAGACUCCUCGUCAAUCAACAUAUGCAUGCUCCUCGAAUGGUGUCUUCAGAGACAAGUCACUAAUGGAGGGUUUCAAGGGAGAAGAAACAAGCCCAAUGAUACCUGCUAUGCUUUUUGGGUUGGAGGUGUCUUGAAGAUCUUGGGUGCUUAUCACUUGAUCGAUCGCUGUGCUCUGCGGGGAUUUUUGCUCACCUGCCAGUCACCUUAUGGAGGCUUCACAAAAUUCCCAGAUGAUCGGAUACCAGACAUCUACCAUUCUUACUAUGGCCUGGCAGCCCUUUCCUUGUUGGAAGAGGAUGGGCUCGAACCCCUCCACGUCGAUCUUGGGAUCCUGUCCGCUGCAUUAAUCAUCAGUAGUACCCAGUUCAGGAGCCUGGUCAGAGCACAUCCAGGCGUCUUCUCCCUCCUCACCGCGGCUCCGGCGAUGGCGGGCGUGGGCUCGGCGUUGCGGCGGCUCUACCUCUCCGUCUACAACUGGGUCGUCUUCUUCGGAUGGGCGCAGGUGCUGUACUACGCGGUCCUGACGCUGCGGGAGAGCGGGCACAAGGCCGUCUACGCCGCCGUCGAGAAGCCGCUGCAGUUCGCGCAGACAGCCGCCAUCAUGGAGAUUCUUCAUGGGCUCGUAGGGUUGGUGAGGUCUCCGGUCUCUGCAACUCUUCCACAGAUUGGAUCCAGGCUGUUCCUUACGUGGGGUGUCUUGUGGAGUUUUCCUGAGACCCAGUCACAUCUUCUUGUUACUACCCUGGUCAUAAGCUGGUCUAUCACUGAGAUCAUCAGAUACUCUUUCUUUGGAAUGAAGGAGGCAUUUGGCUUUGCACCUUCCUGGUUAUUAUGGCUUAGGUACAGCACCUUUAUGUUGUUGUAUCCUACUGGUAUCUCUAGUGAAGUUGGUCUGAUCUACAUUGCCUUGCCUUACAUGAAGGCAUCGGAGAAAUACUGUCUUAGGAUGCCCAACAAAUGGAACUUUUCAUACGAUUACUUCUAUUCGUCUAUUCUUGCCCUCCUGAUUUAUGUUCCAGGAAGCCCGCACAUGUACCGUUACAUGCUCUCACAGAGGAAGAAGGCACUAUCAAAGGCCAAAGCGGCUUAAUGCUGCUCAAGGGCUCUGUAGAUGGUUUGUGUGAUGUCGAAAUGUGCCUCACGGCUCAAGUUUUCGACAUUUCCGGUAGAAUCUAGUGAUUGGGGAUAUUAUUAGAAUGGAGCUCUUCAUAUGAACUGCCCCAAUCAUUUCAGCUAUCAGCCGUUGCAUGGUUAAAUUGUAAUUUGUUCCGAAUCGCCCUCAAUUGGGCGAGUUUCCAUGUUGAUUAUAUGGCAAUGUGUUUCACAUCCUUCUCUCAUCUGGUACUGUGUUCUCUUAUUUGUAGCAAAUAAUGUAUGAUUGUUGUGCUGGAAUCAUUUCAGCUAUCGGCUGUUGCAUGGUUAAAUUGUAAUUUGCUCCGACCGACCCCCAAUUGGGUGAAUUUCCAUGUUGAUUAUAUGGCAAUAUGUUUCGCAUCCUUCUC